AAAGAGUGAUGUUUGUCCUCGCAGAGGAAUGAAAAAAAGAGGAAAAAAGCAUAAAAAAAAUUUUCAAGAAUUUCGGUAAUUUUUCCAAAGAACACCUAUCAUGCUAGAAGUCGUGGAGAAUGACAAGAACCUGUUGUACGCGUUUGGAACGGUGUUGGCGUUGAGUUUGACCGUGUUGGCUUGCGUCGCGGCGACCGUACCUGCGAAGUCGAAGAACUACAGGGAUGUCCAAGAACAGCGAGGGACAGCUGACGACGACAUCGAGGAUCAUGAUGUUCCACAUGUUGGUGCUAUCGAAGAUGAAGAAGAAACCGCUCCUACUCGUCCUGCGCCUAGCACUACCACUCUGUCCCUCCUAAAGCAGCAGAAAUCGUGGAUGCGGGCCGGCGUGACGAUUAGUGUGGUGGAAGUGAUCCUCUUGCUCGUCAUGGUACUUGGCGGCAACGUGCGCGGCGGCCCGAUGUGGUGGAGCAUAACGAAAACUAGCAUAGCCGGGAAGAACACGGAGACGACGCUGCGCUGGAACCUGCGGGGCCGGGAGGAGCAGAGCGAAGCCAGCCGGUAUGUGUUCCACACCUAUUGGGAGCUGUCCCAGGAACUGACGCAGCUGGAAAUCGCGUCGGUGUACAACGGGAGCCGGCGGAAUUUCAAAAAGCAGAAUGGUAGCGUUUACUUGCAACAUCAACACCUUGCAACUGGAGAUGGACACGAAGUCGCUGGGGCCGACUACACAGGUCCGCAUACUGAUGUCCGAAGCGAUGCGGCAAGCUCGCUGGUGGAGGUGGAAGCAGUUCAUGGAAGUGAGAAUCAUGAUGAAGAUGCCCGUGACCGUGAGGGAGAGGGUGACGCUGCAGACGAUGAGAAGAAUCUGGACCCAGUUUCCCGAGGUGCACCAGACGACGAGACGAAGCUGCAGCAGGUGGUGAACGCCACGACGACGAACAGUAGUUCCAGUUUUGCGGAUCAUGUGAGGAAAUCAGCCGCACACGACCAUCACCGGAGUGAUCGCCCGGACCAGCCACAGCAGCAGCUCUUGCAAAGGGAAGAGAGAACAAGAGGCCGGAUUGCAGCAGCACGUCCGGGGACGAUGAAAAUAGGUGCUUUAUCUGGAGAAGGUCGCUCAGGGGUAGAGGCGUACAACACGCAAGGACGUUCAUCACACAAGAAGAACAAAAGCGGCCACCACGGUAAAAGACAUCAUCAUGAUCAUGUUCAUACGUCUUCAGAUACUAGUCACCCCGGAGCCGGCACAAUCCUAUCGCAGGUCGCGAUUCCUGCCGCGGCAGACUUCGUUACCGCGGACGUGCGACGGCACUUCGACGAAUUCUUCCUGCACAGUUCCGCUUCCGCAGCAGGAUCAUCAUCUGCGGGGCCGGCGAUAGAAAUUGGCGCAGCUACUUCUCACGUACCCCGCCUCGCGUUCGGUGGUUCUGCCGCCUUCUCAAGUAGAACCGCUGCACAAGGUGGAACGACCGCAGACGGGUACAGCAGCUUGUUUGGCGGGAGCAAUUUCGGAUUACCUUUCGGGUCCUCUUCAUCGACUUCGGGGAGCGCCAGUGGCAGCUCUACAACCACCACAACAUUCAGUACGAAUUCCUCAACCAGUGUCGUGAGCGACCAGGUUUCGCUGGACGCCUGGCGCACCUUCCACUACAACUGCCACGUCGCGGGCUGGCGCGCCUCCCUGUACCUCUACACCUGCAUCGUGGUACGGCUCUGCGGGCUGCUGUUCACGGUUUUGCGGUUGCAGCAACUGAAAAUGCAGCACACGGCCGCUGUUAUGGAUGAACAAGAGAACGAGGAAGAUUUAUUUCCGAAAGCGGUAGUGGAGGCGCGUCGACCGCAGGCUCUGCAGAACACCAGCACCGGUACUACACUAGAAGAAAACCCAACAGGACAGCUUGUUCCACAGGUAUUUCAUCCUUUGAGCUUGACGGCGAGAACAACCGAGACGAGCACAACCAUUUCCUCUCUCUUCGGAACAAGGAACCGACGGACGAGCAAAGCGACCCUAAAAAACGUGGCGGUGUGCAGCUGCGUGGCUGGGUUUUGGCCGCUACUGAUCAUCACGGUUUUCGACUUUACCGACCGGUGCCCGAACCACUUUCCGGACCCCCGGGCGAGCGCGGUGGGCGGCCCGGGACUCUGGUACGCGUUGUGUAUGGUGUUCACCAGCUCGCUCUGGGUCGUUUUGCACUGGCUCGUGCCCGCUGUUCAGGUGGGCACCGGGAGCGGGAAGUGAACGGUGUUUGGAAAGUGCCAAUGUCAGAAAAUUUAUGUUGAAAAGCACGCCAUCGCACCUUUUGCGAAUGGAUACAGUUCUCCUCCAAGAACUCUGGUUCGCUGUCUUUCUACAUCUACUUUUGUACGAACACUUGCAUGCAUUUUUACAAAUGUUCUUUUCUGAUGUUUCUGCGUGUCUUUAUGUACCCCGAACUCGUCUACUUUGAAUGAAUAGAAUAGCUGAUGUGGAAACUUUUGCGACUUGUACAUCCUGUACCGCUGCAGACACGCUCACGAAGAUUGUGUUUCAUCCCGCUUCUGAUUUAUAGUUUUGUUGACGUGGUCGCGCUCUCUAGUAGGACGUGUACGAUCGGCCACGAGCACAAACGACCUGCGUCAUGACUUACCACACCCUGGUACAGCUUAGACACUUUUAUGUAUCUUUUGGCUCAUCUGCAUCUGCAGCAGUUCGUUCUUUC